GAAUCCUUGCUCGUGUUGACAUAUAUGUGGCAAAAAAUUCAGCAUUGUGGUCUUCAGCUUCCGAUCACUGACUGUUCAGUGUUCAGAGCAGAGACUAGAGUGUGUGUGUGAGCGUGAUAGUUGAACAUGGAAACAACUCUGGUCCAACCUGCAAUCGCUGUGUUGCUUUCAUCUGCAAUCGCCAUCAGAGCUUUCAAAAGGAACUCUCUUAACCUGUCUGGCGCUUUUCUAGGGUUUAUCGUCAUGUUCAUUCACAUCGCAGUCAAUUACAGGUUGGGAGCGAUGUUGCUAGUUUUCUUCUUCACUUCGUCGAAGCUCACGAAGGUCGGGGUGGAGAGAAAACGAAGCAUCGACGCUGAUUUCAAAGAGGGAGGUCAACGCAAUUGGAUACAAGUUCUCUCCAACAGUGGCAUUGCUACCCUUCUGGUCUUGAUUGCUUGGAUGAUGACAAGAUCGCAAGACAAGUGUUUGGACUCCAAAGAAUCUCAACUUCUAACAUCUCUAAUUGGUGGUGUCAUUGGUCACUAUUCCUUCAAUGGGGACACAUGGUCGUCAGAGCUUGGGAUACUUAGUGAUGCGCAGCCUCAAUUAAUCACAACCUUAAAGCCAGUUCGGCGGGGUACAAAUGGUGGUGUGACAAAAGCAGGACUCCUAGCAGCUGCUGCAGCAGGCAGCAUCAUUGGACUGACAUUCGUUCUCAUAGGCUUUUUCACAACAAGAUGCGCUUAUGAUGUGGCUCUGAAGCAGCAACUAGUAAUACCUAUUUCUGCUUUGGCGGGGCUUUGUGGAAGUGUCAUAGACUCUCUGUUGGGAGCAACACUGCAGUUCAGUGGAUUCUGCAGUGUCCGUAACAAAGUUGUUGGAAAACCGGGGCCAACAGUAAAGAGGAUUUCAGGUCUUAGCAUACUAGACAACAAUGGUGUGAACCUUGUGUCGAUAUUGCUGACCACUGUGUUGACUUCGGUUGCCUGUUUAUAUGUGUUCUGAAACAGAUUCAUUUUACUGAAUGAUCUUCCAAGAUUAGGUGGUAUGGUUAGAUAAAAUAAGCCCUUCUGGAUGGAGUUGACAAAGGAGAGCAGCCCCUUGUUCUUGCAAAGUCCAUUCCCUCAUGCUCUGAAACUCCUUCAAUAGGAUUGCAAGCGAACCGAGUUGUUCAUAAAUAGUUUGGGCUUAGCUUGUUUAAAGCUAGUUUGAUCUUGGCUAGCUUGCUAAAGAAACGAGUUCAAUUUAAAUUUUUAUGCUCAUUUAGUAAUCAAGUUGAGCUCAAGUAGACCUAAGCUCCGCUCGAAUAGGCUUGUGAACAUAAUUAUAUAUAAAAUAAUGUUUAGUCUUUAUGAUAUGUCAAAUAUAUUUUUAUUAGUUUAUUCUA